AUGGAAAUUUUCUUUUCUUUCGUAUAUCUUUUCUUUCCUUUCACUAGUCUUGACUUUUCCAACCACCUUGUUGGACCUAAAAUAGAUAUGAGAUUAAGAGACAGAGAAAUUAUCCAGCACAAAAAUUUUGAUGAUGCUAGCGAUAGUGAUGAUAUCAUGGAGGUAGAAGGACCUACAGAAGAAUUGAAAAAACUGCAAGAGUUGGUUGAUAUGGAAGGAUCGUCAGGAGAUGAGGCACCACAAGAGGAAUCUACAAGUUCUGCAAAAGAAGUAGAGAAACUUAAAGUACAGCGUGAAGAAAAGGCACUUGAAGUAGAGCAUAAAAAAGAGAAAGAGAGAAGAAGAAAGACAGAAAGAAAGUUCAAAGAGCAGAAAAGGGCCAAACAAUUGAGACAAGAAGAACAAGAACAAGAACAACAGAUACCGAAUGAAUUGCCUGUGGAAUUGUUGGAAGAUUACAAGCCGAAGGAAAAGAAAGCAACGUCCAAAGGACGGAAAAUCAAGUUCGAAGAGGUGAGUACAGAAGAUGCCAAAAUAAUAAGAAUGGAAAAGCUUAAAGAGGUGAGGAACAUGAACAAGGAAAUGGAAGAGAAGGGUCCAGUAAUGGUCAAAAUCAUUAGAGAAAGGAAGUAUUCUGUUCCGGUAAGUGAGAUCUCGAGUAAGAGAGACAAAUGGUUACAGAGACGGUCGAUAAUGAGGAGGUAA